AUGCUGGACGAUUUUCUCGAAGGAGGGUUGUCGAUGCUGCGGCACAAACCCAAGACCCAGCAGGAGAAGGAGAAGGAGGAGGCAAAGAGCAUCUCUAACGGCUCUAGCGGAUGGUUGAAGUUCCCGUUGGUGGAUUUGUCGCCUGUGCAUGAGACCGUCAGCGGCCAAGCGGCUUCAACGGAGAAGUCUGAUGCACAGAUCGUCACGCAGACUUGCGCAGACUGUGCUGUACUCGCAACACCAGGACUCGUCGGCUGCAUCGCGGCUGCAGAUUCGAUUGCAACGGGCAAGUCGCUUGCCGAGGGUCUCACGGAUCCAUUCAGGAUCAAUCCUAAGCCGCGGGAAUCUCCAUACAAGACAGGAUGGUGA